AUGUCUAGCGCAAAGACUAACAAGGAUAUCUUCACUUUGUUCGAUAAGAAGGGCCAGGGAAGUAUUUCAAAACAAUUAUUUGGGGACUACCUGAGGGCUAUCGGUUACAAUCCUACGAACCAAUUGACUGAACAAAUACUGUCACAGAGCAAUGCUUCAGACCAACUUACGCUGGAUGCUAUUAGUGGGAUGAUUAAGGAGAAUGAAGCGGAAUUGAACGCGACUACUACAGCUAAAGUAGAAGAUUUCAUUAAGGCAUUCCAGGUGUUCGACAAAGAAAAUACUGGUAAAGUCUCUGUAGGUGACAUCAGAUACAUGCUGACUUCUCUGGGCGAAAGGUUGUCUGAUGAGGAAGUGGAUGAAUUGUUGAAGGGAGUGGAAGUGGAUAGUGAUGGUGGUGUAGACUAUCGUAAGUUUAUCGAAGAUAUUCUAAGACAAUAG